UAGUUGUACUUUCGAUUCAUUCCUUGGUGUUCUGUUUUACUUUUUUACAUUUAGAAGUACACUGUUCAUAGGGUUGUCCUUGUUUUCUUUUUGAUAAUAAGGAGGAGCUUUUCGAGAAUCAGAGAGGGAAAAUCGGUGUUUUGUAUAAGAAGGAGAGUGAUUUUGUUCUCUAGCUUCUGGUUUUUUAGAUCUGUGGUUGACAGGAACGGAUCUGUGAAUGAAAACAAUAACAAUGGGGUUGCUUUUUGGUCUUGCCGCCGUUAAAGGGCUGAGGAAGAAGAAUAAUAAGAAGAAGAAGGUAGUAGAAGGGAGAAGAAGAAGCAUCGUAAAGGCUAAUUCUAGAUCCACCCCAACCUUUGAGGAGAUCCCUGAGGAAGUAUGGAUGGAGAUCCUGGCGCGAUUGCCGGUGAAUUCGCUGAUGAGAUUCAAGUGCGUGUCAAAGCUCUGGUGGUCCUUCAUCACCUCUCGGUAUUUCACUAAUCUUUUCUCCAAAUUGUCAUCUCUGACGCGAGAACGGCGUGUGUUCAUGUCUGUGGUGGACAAGGAAUACCACGGUGACUAUAUGUUGUUCUCAGCAUCGCCUAGUAACUGGGACGCAGCGUCUUUCCCUCUACUCAACCAAGAUCUGACUUUGCCGGGAAUGGGAGGCCACUUCGUGAACGCGGUUCGGGGCUUGAUGUGUUUUAGGCUUGGGAGAGAGGUACGGAUCUAUAACCUCACCACCAGGCAGCUCGUGAGCUUGCCCAUUGUGAAAUCCAACAUGUUGGAAGGUGAUUCUCAUAUGUGGAACUAUUUUGGGCACGAUCCUGUUAGUGAUGAAUACAAAGUGCUUAGCAAAGUUUGGUGGGUCAGCAAGGGAUGGAGGAGAGUGAGAUCAGAGACUCAGGUUUUGGUUCUUGGAGCUAGAGCUUCAUGGAGAAACGCUCGAAGCCACUUUCAUCCUCCUCCUUCUCAUCGUCCUUACUCUCAAGGGAUCUCCAUCAACGGUGUUUUGUAUUAUGGUGCUUGGUGUAAUGGGAAGAGAUGUGUAGUCAUGAGUUUUAACUUGGCUUCUGAGGAGUUCAAUUUGAUUGAUUUACCUGAUGAGGCUGGCAUCGUCUGGCACGCUUGUCGAGCUAAUCUCAUGAAUUACAGAGGUAAAAUAGCUGUCUUUGAGUGUUCCCGUCUCAUCACUGAAGGUAUGCUAGACCUCUGGGUAGUUGAGGAUGCCGGGACGAGUAAAUGGUCGCACAAGGUUUCUGUUUUGCCUAGUCAUCAACUUAUGAAAAGCCUAGAUGUUAGUGAGUUGGUGAUUAGAAGUACCAACCGCAGCGGAGAGGUCAGGUUGUCUGGGAGAAUAGUCGAUAGUAUUAAAAUGUCAAUGAACGUUAUCUACGACUUGGAGAAGAAUCGUAUAACACGAGGGGUUGCUAUGGAGCCAUUAUACCCAAGGUUCUCUGGUGCCGGGUCUUUGCAGACGAUUCUUUGGGAUGAUGUUGAGAGCAUCAUGUAUUUAGAAGCCUGAAAUUUAACCUCUCAGUUUUUUCUUUUCUUAUAGCAAUUUUUUACAUUUUCUCCAAACAUAAUAAUGAUUUAUAGAGAAGCCCACAUUUUCGUUUUGGUUUUCCUUUCAGAAUCUGAAUGACUACAUAUGUUUUUGUUCUGUUGUGCCUAAACUUUUGCUGGAACAAUGUCGUCUCGUUUCAUAUAGACGUUGACAAUACCCUGAUGUAUACCUUUGGCGAUUCUA